UGUUUCCCUAAAAAGAAAAAACCCUUGUUGGCACCGAAAACCCAACCCCAAACUCUGCUUCGUCUUCUUCAGCACCGCCCCCUUCUCGUUAUACUUACACACACACACACACGUAUAUAUAUAUAUAGAUACAAGAGUACAACCUCGUACGUACAAACUUUGCAUCCAUAAUUUGUGGGUGUGAGAUGCGCGAUAGCUAUGCAGAAGCUGCUGCGCAGGAGCCCCGCCGCCUCCGGCCCCCAUAUUCUAUCCGUUAAUACUUCGCUCUCGCCACCCCUCUCCACCUCCACCACUUUCUCUCUGGGUUUUUGCGGCGGAGGAGGAGCCUCCAAAUUUGUCAAAACGAUGUCUUCUUCUUCUUCCACCGCCGCGCUCCGACACCUCCAACCCUUCCACCGCCCGAGAAACCCUUUCUCCACGGCGGCCGCCGCUCAUAGCCUCCGCCUCGCGAAAAUGCCCUCCUCCGGUUUCCGUCCCUGCAGUUGCUCCGUCGAGAAAAUAAGCGGUAGUGUGCCGCCGUCGAGGGCUUGGGUAGUUUUCAAAGAGAGUAAUUACGGUAGUGUAGGAGCCCCUUACAGAGCUUGGUUUUGUACGCUUGCCGGUAAUUCGGAUAAGGUCUCCGGUGAAUUAUCAACUGAGAGUGAGGUAGUGGACGACGCCGAAAAUGCGAAAGCCAGGGUGCAGAGGAGGCAGAGGAGUGGCGGCGGCGGCGGUGGUGGUGGCCCUAUGGCGGCGGAGACCCCCGAUUUGUUGACAAUACCAGGAGUAGGGCCGAGGAAUUUGAGAAAGCUGGUGAAGAAAGGCUUUGAGGGUGUAGCUCAGCUCAAACAGCUCUAUAAAGAGAAGUUUUACGGGAAAUCGAGUGAGAAAAUGGUGGAGUUCUUGCAAAGCUCUGUGGGUAUAAUACACAAAAACCACGCCGAGAGUAUAACCAUGUUUAUCAAAGAGAGUGUCGAUGGAGAGCUGAAGGAGAAUGAUGUGAAGCCGGCUCAAAAGAAGCGAAUCACUCUAUGCGUCGAAGGAAAUAUCAGUGUUGGGAAGAGCACUUUUCUGCAGAGAAUAGCUAAUGAAACCCUCGAGCUUAGAGACCUUGUGGAGGUUGUUCCGGAACCUGUUGCCAAGUGGCAGAAUAUCGGUCCUGACCACUUUAACAUAUUAGACGCUUUUUACGCCGAGCCCGAGAGAUACGCUUACACCUUCCAAAACUACGUGUUUGUUACACGAGUUAUGCAGGAGAGGGAAUCUUCAGGUGGCAUCAAGCCUCUCCGAUUAAUGGAAAGAAGUGUUUUCAGUGAUAGAAUGGUGUUUGUGAGAGCUGUUCAUGAGGCGAAGUGGAUGAACGAAAUGGAGAUAAGCAUUUACGAUUCGUGGUUCGAUCCAGUUGUUUCGAGUUUGCCGGGACUUAUUCCGGAUGGUUUUAUCUACCUUAGAGCUAGCCCCGAUACUUGCCACAAGCGUAUGAUGCUGCGUAAGAGAUCCGAGGAAGGUGGUGUUUCUCUCGAUUACUUACGAGACUUGCAUGAAAAGCAUGAAAGCUGGCUUUUCCCAUUCCAAAGCGGGAAUCACGGAGUUUUGUCUGUGAGCAAAUUGCCGAGCGAUGUUGACUGGUCUUUGCAUCCUAAUAUACGGGAUCAAGUCUUUUAUUUAGAUGGUGAUCAUAUGCACUCGAGCAUCCAAAAGGUUCCUGCAUUGGUUCUUGACUGUGAGCCUGAUAUCGAUUUUACCAAAGACGUAGAAGCCAAGCGCGAGUAUGCACGUCAAGUUGCAGAGUUCUUUGCGUUUGUGAAGAACAAGAAAGAAGUUCCUUGCCCUAACAUUGGAGAAGAAGCUUCUAGAAAGAGCGACCAACGUCAGGUAUUGAUGCCCCAUAAUGGAAAUUUGUGGAUGCCCGGUACGCAGCCGUUCCCCGAUUCAGCACUUAAGUCGCUCGAUUUCAGACGGGCCAUGUCGGUAAUCUCUUAAUAUGUUUCUUUCGUCGUGUAAAAAGAUGUUUUGACUUUUUUCUUAUGAUUUCUAGGUAUGUAGUUGACUCAGUUGUGGGACUGUAUAUAUAGGUUGCUGUUUUAUUUUGUAGCAUUUGCGUUUUUGUUUUUGGGGAAAAUUUUGUGGAUUUUCUAAGGCAUGGUGAAAAAAGAACCCUAAAAAGACCAGGCAAAGUUCUGAAAAACUCUUGAUUUUUUUUUUUCUUGAAAUUUUAAUUUGACAAUUAUUUUCUUUAAGUGUA